AUGCCUGCUGCAUUUCGGGGUGGCUCAACAUCAAUUUCAUUAUCUGUGUCGCAUAUCGAUUAUUCUGAAGCACUUAAUAUUUUAGACUUAACAACAUCAAAACAAAAACGAUUACGUCGUCAACGUCAAAAUGUUUUGCGUACACAUUUAUUAUUGAAACGGACAUAUACACUUGUAUGUGAUAUACUAGAUUCAGACUGUUAUUCUGAAGUAAAUAAUUUUAGUGCAAAAACUGUCUCUACAUAUUCUUCUGAUUCUAUUUUAUCCAGUUCUUCUAUUCCUGCUCUACGAUUUUCAACACUACACGAUAAUACACCUAGAUCAAAACGUAAAUGUGAAGUCGAUGACUCGUUGGUAACACCACAGGAACAACAAUGUAAUAAAAUUUUAAGGUUGUCUGAUAAUUGUAGUAGUGAAAAUAAUGACAAUGAGCAAAUGGACAUACAAACAACAAUAGUGGAUUUUUUAACCGAUCUUAAAAAUGUAAAAAUUAUACCAAGGUAUUGA